UUACUCUCUACACAACGCGCUGUUAUCUUUGAAUGCCAGCGAAAUAACGGCAUAUUCCUUUCCUCUCUCUCACAGACACUUUAAACCUUAUUUAGCGAGAAAACCGAAAUCCUCAAAUUGGAAAAAACAAGGCUUUAUUUUGUUCAUCUGCAUUUGCAAUUGCCGUAUCAAACAAAACAACCCAUCUACAUUCUUCUUCUACUUGAAUCCGUAAAGUCAUAGCCUUUCCUUCGAUUGAUUCUCCCAAUUUUGACCCAGUCCCGAUGGUGGUGAAGUUAAUGAGCUGGAGGCCAUGGCCGCCUCUUAUUUCGAGGAAAUUCCGCGUGAGGCUCAGCGUGAAGAGCCUCGAGUGCGGGGAUUGGGCGCAUGAGGAUAAUAAUGGUGGGCUCGCGGUGGAGAUCAGGUGGAAGGGGCACAAGAUUUCGCUGGGCUCCUUCAGGAGGAGUGUGAGGAGGAACUGCACUAGGGAGGAGAUGGUGAAGAGGGUUGAUGGCCCCAACGGCGCCGUUUUGGUGGAGUGGGAUGAAGAGUUCCACACCGUUUGCACCCUCACUGGGCAUAAGGAGAAUGUGUUUAAUCCUUGGGAAAUCAGCUUCAAUGUUUUGCACGGCCUGAGUCAAGGGAUGAAAAACAAAAUAUCAAUUGUGGGUUCAGCGUCCUUGAAUCUUGCUGAAUAUGCUUCCAAGACUGAGGAGAACGUUGAAGUGAAGCUUCCUUUAACUGUUUCUGGUAUUCUGGUUGAGAGUCAUCCAAUGCUCUGUUUAUCUUUCAGCUUGCUGGAGCUUUUAGACGCGCAGGAAGCAUCAACUGUGGUGCAAAGCCCCAUAAAGUCUCUUCCGUCUCCUUCACCAUCUGGAGAAACUUGUGCUAUGGAAAAAGACGAGGUUUCUGCUCUUAAAGCUGGUCUGAGGAAGGUAAAAAUAUUCACAGACUACGUUUCAACUCAUAGGGCUAAGAAGGCCUGCCGAGAGGAGGGGGGUAGUGAGGAAAUGAGCUCUGCAAAGAGUGAGGAGGGUGAAUAUGCUUACUCUUUCGAUUCAGAUUCACUUGAUGAAUAUGUGGAAGGAGAACCUAAUGAAGCAAAGGAGGAUACUUCUGUUAGGAAAUCAUUUAGCUAUGGUACAUUGGCUGUUGCCAAUUAUGCAGGUUCUUCGUUUUAUUCAAGUGCUAGAAUCAAUAAUGAAGGCGAGGGUUGGGUUUACUACAGCCACAGACGUAAAUCAGAUGUUGGCUGCUCUCAUGUAGAGGAUCUUGCAUCAAAUAACCCUGAGCAGACGUCGUUUCAGAACUCUAAACGUAGUAUUUUGCCAUGGAGAAAGAGGAAACUUAGUUUCAGAUCUCCUAAAGCUAAAGGAGAGCCGUUACUUAAGAAGUCUUAUGCAGAAGAUGGUGGUGAUGAUAUAGACUUCGAUCGCAGGCAGCUCAGUUCUGACGAAGGCACGUCCUUAGGGUGGUAUAGAACUGAUGAAGAGUCAAAUACAAACCGUACAUCAGUUUCUGAGUUUGGCGAUGACAGUUUCGCUGUUGGCACAUGGGAGCAAAAAGAAAUAACAAGCCGGGAUGGUCAUUUGAAGAUCCAAACCGAGGUGUUCUUUGCUUCGAUAGAUCAAAGAAGCGAAAGGGCUGCAGGAGAAAGCGCGUGCACAGCACUAGUUGCUGUUAUUGCUGAUUGGUUGCACAAAAGUAACAACCUCAUGCCCAUCAAGUCGCAGUUUGACUCUCUAAUCAGAGAUGGCUCGUUGGAAUGGAGAAACCUCUGUGAGAAGGAAACUUAUAGGGAGCGGUUCCCUGAUAAGCACUUUGAUCUGGAGACGGUUAUCGAAGCUCAAAUCCGUCGUCUUUGUUUAGUUCACGAGAAGUCAUUCAUUGGGUUUUUCCACCCCGAGGAGGGGAAUUUCGAUUUUCUCCACGGUGCUAUGUCGUUUGAUAGCAUUUGGGAUGAAAUCACUGCCUCUUCGGAAAGCAAUGGCGACUCCUCUAUUUUCAUUGUCAGCUGGAAUGAUCACUUCUUCAUCCUC